GUAACACUGGAGCACUGAAGGAAGGGCUCAGGAAGGGUUCUCUGGAUGGAGUUCGAGAAGCUGUACCUAAGGGAGUAGGAUCCUGGUGGGAACCUGAGAGGGGAUGAUGAAGGGGGGAUGCUAUGACACUGGAGGUAACCUCAGGAGGACCUGGCAGUCUUGUUUUGCAGAUUUCUUUCCUCAGUGCACUGAAGUACAAAGACCAUCACCAUGGAUUUUCAGCAUCGGCCUGGGGGCAAGACUGGGAGCGGUGGGGUGGCUUCAUCGUCUGAGAGUAACCGAGAUAGAAGAGAACGGCUCCGACAACUGGCUCUUGAAACGAUUGAUAUCAACAAGGAUCCAUACUUUAUGAAGAACCAUUUAGGUUCCUAUGAAUGCAAACUCUGCUUAACACUUCACAACAAUGAGGGAAGCUACUUGGCGCAUACUCAAGGAAAAAAGCAUCAAACAAAUUUGGCUCGGAGAGCAGCCAAAGAAGCCAAGGAGGCUCCAGCCCAGCCAGCCCCAGAGAAAGUCAAAGUGGAAGUGAAGAAGUUUGUGAAAAUUGGCCGUCCAGGCUAUAAAGUCACCAAGCAGCGGGACACGGAGCUGGGCCAGCAGAGCCUCCUCUUCCAGAUUGACUAUCCUGAGAUCGCAGAGAGCAUCAUGCCCCGCCACCGGUUCAUGUCUGCGUACGAGCAGAGGAUUGAACCCCCAGACAGACGCUGGCAGUAUCUUUUGAUGGCGGCUGAGCCCUAUGAAACCAUUGCUUUCAAGGUACCAAGUAGAGAGAUUGACAAGGCUGAGGGAAAGUUUUGGACCCACUGGAACAGAGAAACCAAGCAGUUUUUUCUCCAGUUCCAUUUUAAAAUGGAGAAGCCUCCUGCUCCUCCAGCCCUCCCUGCUGGGCCUCCUGGAGUGAAGCGGCCCCCACCUCCACUGAUGAAUGGUUUGCCUCCUCGACCACCUCUGCCAGAGUCCUUGCCACCACCACCUCCAGGCGGCAUGCCUCUGCCACCCAUGCCUCCCAGUGGGCCUGCACCCCCAGGCCCUCCUGGGCCUCCUCAGAUGCCCCCUCCUGCACCUGGAGUUCAUCCUCCAGCUCCUGGGGUUCAUCCUCCAGCUCCUGGGGUUCACCCCCCUGCUCCUGGGGUUCAUCCUCCAGCUCCUGGGGUACAUCCCCCGGCUCCUGGAGUCCACCCUCCUGCUCCUGGAGUCCACCCUCCUGCUCCUGGAGUCCACCCUCCUGCUCCUGGAGUCCACCCUCCUGCUCCUGGAGUACAUCCUCCAGCUCCUGGGGUUCAUCCCCCAGCUCCAGGGGUACACCCCCAAGCACCUGGGGUACAUCCCUCAGCACCAGGGGUACACCCCCCAGCACCUGGGGUUCAUCCUCAGGCUCCAGGAGUUCACCCCCAAGCACCUGGGGUUCACCCUCAGGCUCCAGGAGUGCAUCCCCAAGCACCUGGGGUUCACCCUCAGGCUCCUGGGGUACACCCCCAAGCACCUGGGGUUCACCCUCAGGCUCCAGGGGUACACCCCCAAGCACCUGGGGUUCACCCUCAGGCUCCAGGGGUACACCCCCAAGCACCUGGGGUUCACCCUCAAGCUCCUGGGGUACACCCCCAAGCACCUGGGGUUCAUCCUCAGGCUCCAGGGGUACACCCCCAAGCACCUGGAGUUCACCCCCAAGCUCCUGGAGUUCACCCCCAAGCUCCUGGGGUACACCCCCAAGCACCUGGGGUUCAUCCCCAGGCUCCGGGGGUUCAUCCCCAGGCUCCGGGGGUUCACCCCCAAGCUCCGGGGGUUCACCCCCAAGCCCCAGGUGUACAUCCCCCAAACCCAGGAGUACAUCCCCCAACUCCUAUGCCCCCAAUGUUGCGGCCCCCUCUUCCCUCGGAAGGACCUGGAAACAUUCCUCCUCCUCCACCAACCAAUUGAAAAGCUUUUCCUCCUCCCCUGCCAAGUUGGUUUUUAUUUACACUGUAUCAUUCCCCCAAAGACAAGUUUUGGUGUUUUUUUGUACAGGGGUUUGAACUUUGUCCUCAAAGUUGAUUAAAUAGGUUUCUACCUUGUUUACAUUGAA